AUCACGCUGAAACUACAAAAUGAAUUCAAAUGAUACUUAAGACGAUUUGAGACCAUAAUACGUAGAAGGAUAAUAGGAUACUUUUUGUCGCGAAAACAAAAUCAGAAAUGGGUGAAGUAGGGGUAGAAAGUUUGUACGGAAAGUUCUUAAUUUUUCUAGGUACAUUUGUAAAUGUAAAAUGAUAAGUGGACUAUUUAUUAGGUAUAAGUUAUAAAACUUGCAAAAUAGAAUGUGAAAUAGGGGUUGAAAGUUGACAUCGAUUUUUACGCGGACGAAGUCGCGGGCGUCCGCUAGUAUAAGUAUAAAAACAAAACAUUAUUAAAAAUUUAUAAAAAAAUUUAUUAUUAUUAUUAUUAUUAUUAAUGUUAAGCGAUUAAUUUAAAAUUCAAACAAACAUUUCAAUCUUAAUCAUUUUAAUAAAUUUGGAUGUUUGUUUUAAUUAACACGUGGGUAUAAAAUUAGUGAUGUGACCUUAAACACUGUCCAUAACAAUCACACAUUGUUAUUGCACUCUAAUUAUAGCGCCCUAAGGUUGAUUAUACUUGUGGUAUUCGAAUUAUUUGGACUUCGGAGGUACACGCGCUACCCUUGUGGAUGUUAUUCCGAGUAUGAUGUUUGAUAACGGUCCGAUUGCAUCACAGAAUAUAGAAAAAUCUACGCUUGGAUUGCAUAGUACACCGCCCUAAGGCGAAAUUUAGUCGGCGCUAUAACAAGUUCAAAUCAUAUAAAAGAUAGAACCAGCAAGGGACAUGCAUCAGUUACUUUUGGAACUAACAACAACACAGACCACAAUGUUCAAGCUGGUGGUGUUGUCUGCUGCGCUCGCUGUAGCGUCCGCUAGCCCCAGCGGUCUCCUGGGACUGGGAGGCUUGAUCUCCCCAUGGAACGCCGCCAUCGCCGCGCCGCUGGCUGCUCCGAUAGCUUCGCCGCUAGCGCUGUCUCUCGUUGCGCCCCUUGCAGCUCUGGCCCCCAUUGGCGCGCCCAACUACAGAGGCCCGCUGUCUCUGGCUCCCGGCCAGCCCGCCAACAUCUUGGGCGCUGACGGCAGGCCCCUGGACACGCUCAGCGUAAACCUGGACCGUGCGGCUCACCUCACCGCGAAGGCUAUUGAAGGCAGCGGUCACUUGCUCAAGAAGAGGUCCAUCGGCGCUCCCUUGGCGUUGGCUGCUCCAUUAGCCGCCUCUCCUCUGAUCGCGUCUCCGUUAGCCGCCUCUCCUUUGAUCGCGUCUCCGUUGGCCGCUGCCCGUUUGGCCGCGUCUCCUUUGGCCGCCGCUAACUUGGCUGCAGCCCAGUUGGCCGGUGCUGGUGUGAUUGCUGCUCCUGGUCUCGCUCUAUCUGCUCCUGGUCUCGCUCUAUCUGCCCCUGGACUAGCUCUAUCUGCCCCAGGACUUGCUCUGCCUGCUCCUGGACUUGCUCUUUCUGCUCCCCUCGGUAUCGCUUCACCUUUGGGUUUGGGUCAAGUGUUGCUGAAAUGAAAUCUAAGAAAUAUGUGAUAACCUAAUUAAAAUGACUUACCAAUAUUUUUUGUUUCACUAUCUUCGAAUCCCAAAUUAAUUCUCCGACUGUAGCUCCUUCGUAUAACUUUCAUCUGUCUACGUCAAACAGUCUAGGUUUCGUGAUGAAGAAGAUUACGUUAUAAUUAUUAUACUUCGUUAAUUAAGGGUCUGGACCCUUAAACCUGAUUUUGAAACCAUUCCAAGGACACCACAGUUCAAACUUAAUAGUUGCCUACCUUAUUUUAACUUUUAUCAAAUAACACAGGGUCUGUGUUUAUGUGUUUAUUAAUAACUUUGUGUAACAUUAGUGGAUAUACACUAAAACCUUAUAUUGUUAGUAAUUCUUAAGUCACUGGAUUUCAUAUUCACUAUUAAUUUAUUGUUAAAUUAUGUUGAAACUAUUAUUAGGAUGAAAUCCUAUUAAUAUUUUAUUUAUUAUUAUAAACGCGAAAGUUUGUAUGGAUGUUUGUUACUCUUAAAAGCCGCUGUUACUGAAGCGAUUUGGCUGAAAUUUGGAAUUGAAAUAGAUUUUACUCUACAUUAACACAUUGGCUUUUCAUUUCGGAAAUGAUACAUGAUUACCGCGGGAUUUGUGAAAAACUGAAUUCCAGGCGUCCGCUAGUAAUAAAUAAAUUAAAUUAACACAGAUCCAUAAAAUUUAGCUAGGACAGCCAGUUCUUGAACUUCAGAACAUUGUAAUACCUUUUUGUGUGACUAAUAAACGAUUUAUUAUAAAAAACAAACCGACAUUUUACUUUUUUCCGAUUCUUUAUUUUUAAUUGUAUAUGUAUAUUUUAUUAUUUUUUUUUGUUUUCUGUGUAUUUUCGUGUGUGUGUGCAAUAAAAUAAUUUUCUUUCUCUAGGUAACACGCAUUGGAUCAAUGAAGUAAGAGGGUCUGAGUCUAAAGCUCAACAUUCCUAUCCUAUUAAAAGAAGACUUGCACUGUUAAAUAUAAUAAGUGCAUACAUACAGCGCUUAAAAGCAACUAACUACAUAUAAUAAUUUAAAGAACGUAGACAAUGUUUUAAUUUUUUUUCCCAAUUUUCCAAGCUUAACCAACGUGGAAAGUUCCUGC